AUUUGAAAGGAGUGGCCGUUUGAGUACCAACUUCAAACUUAAAAAACCCCUUCGUCCCUUCGAUGCAAUCCUCUCGUGACACCGACCAUAACCACAGAUUUCUUCACUUCACUGCGCCAUAGCCAUUCUAGAGACUCACGCUCACUGCAUUCCCAUUUUGUCUGAGAAACUGCUUUGUUUGAGAGAAUUAUGACAGGCAUUGUCAUGAUUACCAAGGGAGGUGGCUGCGCUGGUGGAGUUAGGGGGGCAAAGGGUACCAGAGCGAGCGAAGACGAGCAAAACCAGUUGUCAAUGGUGGCGAUUCUCUUGGCAGCUAUAAGGAAAUCUUUGGUGUCUUGCCGUUUUGAGGAGAGAGAAGAUGUGAUUCCUGCCGUUCAUCAUAUGGAGAUCGGGUGGCCUACAAAUGUUCAGCACAUUACGCAUGUGACGUUCGAUCGCUUCAAUGGGUUUCUGGGUUUGCCCGUGGAGUUCGAAGUCGAGAUCCCGUGUCGAGUCCCAAGUGCUAGUGCUAGUGUGUUUGGAGUCUCAGCAGAAUCAAUGCAAUGUUCUUUUGAUUCAAAAGGGAAUAGUGUCCCAACAAUUAUCUUGCUAAUGCAGGAGAGGCUGUACUCACAGGGAGGCCUAAAGGCAGAAGGGAUUUUUCGCAUAAACCCAGAGAAUGGCCAAGAGGAGAACGUGAGGGACCAGCUGAACAGGGGAAUUGUGCCUGAUGAUAUUGAUGUACAUUGCUUGGCGGGCCUUAUAAAAGCCUGGUUUAGAGAGCUUCCUUCCGGAGUGCUGGAUGGGCUUUCCCCUGAACAAGUUCUCCAUUGCAACACAGAAGAAGAAUGUGUUGAGCUUGUGAAGCAGCUAAAGCCAACAGAAUCUGCGUUGCUCAAUUGGGCCAUUGACCUCAUGGCUGAUGUUGUCCAGGAAGAAGAAUCCAAUAAAAUGAAUGCCAGAAAUAUUGCAAUGGUUUUUGCUCCAAACAUGACUCAGAUGUCUGAUCCAUUGACGGCACUGAUGCAUGCUGUACAAGUAAUGAACUUGCUUAAGACUCUAAUCACGAAAGUACUAAGAGAACGUGAAGAGACUGCAACUGGAGGAUAUUCACCGAUGUCAUAUCAUUCAUCUGGUCAACAAACUGAUGAGGAUUUUGACAGUCAGCAAGAGAUGGAUACCAGCUGUGAACUGAGACAUUCACCAUCAGAUUAUGAUGAAGAUCAGCAGGCCCAUUACGAUCCACACAAUGAAGAUGAUGAUGAUGAUGAUGAUGUUGAGUCAUUGAGUGAGAUAGAAGAUUGCUUCUUGAGGCAAUUGGAUGAGAACAAAAGCACCAGCAAUAUGUUCUUUAAGCAAUCACCAAGUGAUUUACCCAGAGAAUUUGGAAGUCCCAGAGCUUGCUCAGGGUUUAAAGCAGAAUCUGGCAUUUCAUUUACUGAGAGCAAAAAUGAGAAUUCCAGUUCAGCUACAAGUGAUGAAGACUCCAGGGCAAGUAUCACAGAUGUGGUUCAAGAAAUUGAUAGAAGUAGCCCAUCAAAAGGAUGUGAAAACUCUGAUGAUGUGGAGAUGGUUGACAAAUUAGCCGAGUCUGUCUUGCCCACGCAGUCGACCCUCUAGUAUUUUUCUCAAAGUGCUUAGGAGAGUACUUCGUUUCCAGAUUUUGGUUUGGUCUCUACCGUCACGGUUGCUUCUGUACAUUAACACUGCAUUAACUGUGUGGGCUUUGCUUGAACUGAGCAUCGGAGUAUUCUAGUAGUGUUGAUUAUUGUUAGAGAGUCAUGGUUCAGCUUUGGGCUGAACUGCUGCUUCUUUUGUGAGUUUCAGCAUAGAGCUGAGAACUUACUCUGUGUUUCUGUAGUGUGGAUUUCUAUUCUAACCUUGACAUUAUUAGGCUGGAAUGAUUCAUUAUACCUGAGUCUAAUUCCAUGUCUGUAUCAAAUGGAUUUGCAGAUGUCUAUGAUACUGAAUUCUACAUAGCUUCGUUCAACUUUACCUUGAAGUCAUCCAUGUUGCAUGUGUUUGAUUUCAAAUUGUAUUGUGGUCCAUUUUUCAUUCAAGAUGAAAUUAUACAAUUAGCUGUGGCUUAUCUUGUCA